AUGCGUGAGACAUCCGAACAAGCUCCAAAUCUCGAAGAAAGCUAUUUGCCGUAUCGAAGGCCUGGACGAGCUGAUCCAUGUCCAGUUAUUCGGCCAUUUUAUAAACGUAUUAUCGUCGGAUCAUCGGUAGCCGUUGUUAUACUUAUUGUGGUUGUUGCCAUUGUCGUGGCUGUCACUUUAGCUAAAACAACAACUAGUACAAUCUCAAAUUUAUAUAGUGGAAAUAUUGUCGUACGAGCACUCUAUAAUCCAGAAUUAGCAAUAUCGUCAUCGUCACUAUAUAGAAAUUAUCAGCGACAACUCUGUGAAUUGGUCAGUCAAACUUUAGUAGAGAGCAAAACUAAAUACGCCGUAUUUUACGGGAGUUGUGCGGUUACUGGAUUCAUAGAUGGCAGCAUAAUUGCCUAUUUCACAUUGGGAUUCACACGUUAUCAAAAUGAGACAAGAUUAAACACAUUUUUAAAUCGUACACUUGUUGGUAAACCAUUAUUUAGUGGUACUAUUAUUCUUGUUAAUUUUGAUACAGAUAAUACACCGAUGAGUACUUCCACCACCGUCAUUAAAACAACACCUCGUAGCACAACGCGUUCAAGGGAAACUGAUUACAGGACGACAAGUGGUCGUAGAGAGGGAAAAAAUUCUGAGGAGAUCGACAAUCAAAUUGUUAUACAACAGAAUAAUGAUAAUACUUUACGAGUAAAUGAACAAGAGCCACCACCAUUGUUAACGGUUCUAAAUUCGACCACGUCGACAACGUCGACAACUACCACAAAUACGUAUACAAAUGUCCCCGGUCAAACAACUUUCACUACAGUCAAUUAUAUCGUAGGAGAAACAGGUAGUAUGUGUAUUACAAUUUCAGAAACUAUUACAAUUACUAACGGCCAAUUACAGACAUCAGUAGCAUUUGAUGAUAAAAAUAAGAGUAAUAACGGCUUAAGUUGUGUUAGCGACGAUAAUAAAAUACAAAAUGUAAAUAGUCCUAUUAUUAACCGAAAUGAGAAUAUUGAUUUAAACACACCUUCCGUAACCGUUAGUCAUGUUGAAAAUUUAAACAUGCCAGUAUACACUCAUUUUGCUUAUAUUGACGAGUCAAGUGAUGAGAAAAGUAUUAGUUCAAGAGACGCAAUUUCAACUUUAGCCGAAAUGACAACAAAAACUGUUAAAGAUAGUGUUCAAACAAGUUCAGCUUCUACCACCUCAUUAAAUGAAGGAACAUUAACUGCUGGCUCUACAUCAACUUUAGAGAAUGAUGAUAUCAAAACGAGUCCUUCCACGCGGCUCCGAGCUAAAAGUUCUCGUCAGCCACCACCACCACCUCCAUCAAAAGUCACUCGAAAAGAUAACUCAGGGGAAGAAAAUCCUAGACGACCAAAACGACAGCGUCGAUUAUUACAGUAUGAACUUAUGCCAACGGGAAAAUAUUAUUAUUUAAACUAUCCAGAUCAACGACCACCACUUCACGGAAAAGUACGUAAUAUUACUAACGUUACUAAUAACCGUCAUCUUCGAACUAGUUUCGAUCAAAUAAACUCUGACGAUGUUGAAUCUAGUGCAGCAUUAAGCACAAUUUUAUCAAAAUCCAGUUCAUUUGAAAGUUUAAGUGAUUCCAAUCGACGAAAAACUAGAUCAUUUACUUACAGGUGCCAUCCUGAACAAAUUAAACCCUAUUUUGAUUCACCUUCCAUCGACACAAAUACGUAUUCUCAUAAUCGAAACUCAUGGAACGAUAAAAUAAUUGGUGGUCGGCUUGCAUUUCCUUCUACAACAAUAUCUCCGUUCAAUGAGCAUCAAAAUUCGUUUGUCAAAGUCUUAAAACCACAGUUAAAAGGUCAUCCAAACGAACAAGUUUAUUCCCAUGUACCGUUAAAAGGAACAACGUUUAAACCUAUUGUUGAAAAUCACAAAGAAUCUUACUAUGACACGACAAAAAAUCGAAAAUUACUUGGUGAACAUUCGAAAGCAAAGACUAAAACACCAGCACAGACUAAAGAAAGUACGUUAGAUAAUAUAUUUGAAGCAUUGCUCGAAGCUGAAAAACGACGCGAAGAAAAUGAUUAUUGGCGUGAAAAAUUUAAAGAUAAAAAAGCACACAUUGUUGGACGUUCAUCAGCAACUAAUAAUGACACAAAAACAUCGCCACUAAAAAAAGGUUAUUUUAAUACACUACCGAUUUGUUCUCAAUCAAAAGCCGUACCAAUUAGCACUAAUAAAAAUUCAACAUCACACAAUCCAUCUACUGUUGAUUAUCGAUCUCAAUCGUAUUCAGUUAAAACAAAUAAUCAUCGUGAUGAUUCGAAACGUCAUUCAUUCAAUACAUCUACCUCGCCAUUUAUCAAGACGUACCACAUGAAACGACCAGAAAUCGAGAAAAAUUUUAAUAAACAUAAACAACGAACGACGAAGCGACAAAUUCAAAACUAUUCACCGAAUACAAUUUAUUCUACGUAUCCGUUUAAUGAACGUUCAAUAUCAUCCAACGGCUAUUUUUCCAGCAUGAAUCCAAAAAGCAUUGUUCAUUCAUUAUUUCCUCGAGAUAAACAACCACAUCCUCGCAUAUUACCACAUGGUGUAAAAGCUCCACAUGCUAAACAAACAUCUGAUGAAAUAUCAUCAAUUUCUGAUAUAUGGACAACACGAUCUUCUGUACCAACAUCUGAGGAGGACGCCACUAGACAACGUGGACGAAAUAAAAAACAGAAUAAUAAAAGAAAUACAUCAGUAUCAACAGUUAAAAAAUCAGCACCAAAUGUUAGAGAUGAAAAAAGACCAUUAUCUGUACAGAACAAACAACAAGCCAUAACUUCGCGCACAACCAAAAUCAACAACAAGAAUGAUGGAUUACAUAAGGAUACAAUCGCUGAGAAAAAUAAAAAUACACCGAUGGAAAGUGCAAAAAAACGAAGUUUUUUAAAUAUGUUUCAAAAAUUAGCAAUAUGA